AUGAUAUCAUGGCGCUACUUUAGGAGGUGUAGCAGACGGACGCUGCAGGUAUUUGCUCUGGCCUUUUGUUUUAUUGGAUUAUAUGCAAUUUUUUCUACACCAAAACCGUCAGCGAUGUGUGAAAAGGGGCACAAAGGCAUGAUGGCUGGUGUUUUUAUUGGAAACAUUGCUCAGCAGAUACCGAUUUUGGAUAACGACACUGAUCCAUUCGCUUUAUAUAAAAGUUUUGGUAAAAAGGACUGGCAUGAUUAUGAAUCGAUGAAACGUGAUGCACUAAGACAAGGUCUUGGCGAGGGUGGCCAACCGGCGGUAGUAGCAGUUGAAGAAUUCAAAAAGUUACGGGAUGGUCUCUACCGUUCAAACGGUUAUAAUGCCUAUAUCAGCGAUUUCAUUGCUUUGAAUCGUUCGAUUAAAGAUAUACGGCAUUCUGGAUGCAGGAACAUGGUUUAUCUCGAAAAACUACCCACUGUAGGAGUAGUAUUUCCCAUUCAUAAUGAGCACAAUUCCACGUUGCUGAGAAGCAUAUAUUCUGUUAUAAAUCGUUCUCCAAAAGAUAUCAUGAAAGAAGUUAUUCUUGUCGAUGAUGGAAGCACAAAACCGUUCUUAAAACAACCGCUUGAAGAGUUCCUGAAAAAGGCUGGUCUUAAUCACAUCGUGAAAGUUGUUCGUACGCAAAAAAGAGAAGGAUUGAUUCGUGCACGUCAAAUAGGUGCACGACAUGUAACAGCCGAUGUGAUCGUGUUUUUGGAUGCACAUUCAGAAACAAACUAUAACUGGUUGCCACCACUCGUUGAACCAAUUGCACUGGAUUAUAGAACAGUAGUUUGUCCUCUCAUCGAUGUUAUUGACUGUGAUACUUACGAAUACCGUGCACAGGAUGAAGGUGGCAGAGGUUCUUUCGAUUGGGAAUUCAAUUACAAGCGUUUGCCCUUAACAGAAGAUAAUAAGAAAAAUCCAACACGUCCCUUUCAUAAUCCAGUUAUGGCUGGUGGAUAUUUUGCAAUCAGUAGGAAAUGGUUUUGGGAAUUGGGAGGUUAUGAUGAGGGUCUUGAAAUAUGGGGUGGUGAACAAUACGAACUAUCUUUCAAGGUGUGGCAAUGUCAUGGUACAAUGGUUGAUGCUCCAUGUUCACGAGUUGGACACAUUUAUCGUUGUAAAUAUGUUCCUUUUCCAGAUCCAGGUAUCGGGGAUUUCAUUUCGAAAAAUUAUAGAAGAGUUGCUGAAGUAUGGAUGGAUGAAUAUGCAAAGUUUUUGUACAAACGCAGACCACCAUUGCUUACUGUUGACUUUGGUGACCUCAGUAAGCAGAAAGCAGUUAGAAAGAGGCUUAAAUGUAAAUCGUUUGACUGGUUCAUGAAAGAGAUUGCUUUCGAUCAGGAAAAGUUUUAUCCUGCAAUAGAGCCCGAAGAUAGUGCCGAAGGUGAGCUGCGCAAUGUUGCAGCAAAUAAAUGUGUGGAUACGCACUUCAAAAAUGCUGAAGAAAAGUUUGGUUUACGUAAGUGUGUCAGUGAUGGCCCGGCGAAUGAUGGGGAGCAAAAUCUUCGACUCACGUUUUGGCGCGAUGUACGACUCCAUACGCGAACAAUGUGUUUCGAUGUUUCAGUUUCUGGAAACAGGGCGCCCAUUGUUUUAUUUUCUUGGAAAAGAUGAUAUAGGUGAGGUGGAACAGGGCAGGAAUAAGAAACCCGGAAUUUUCCAAUUAAAUCUAAAAUUUCUUCAUCUCAGCCAUGGCAUGCAAGGUAAUCAACAUUUUAAAUAUCUACCUGACAAGCAGCAGAUGUAUCAUCCGGUUAGUGAUUUGUGCAUGGAUUGCGAUGUGGAGCGAGGAGAAAUUUUCAUGAAUCCCUGUGAUUCGAAACGGUGGAGUCAAAAGUGGACAUGGGCGAAAAUUAAUUUGAAACUGAUUCAGGAACGUAAUAAAAAAGCUUAAAUUAGGAACUCACUGGAACAUUCGCAAUAAGAAAGUUUUGAUUCUGAUUUUUUUCUGAUGAUUAUGAUUGAGAUGUUUUGUUCUGGAGUGUUUCCUUGCCUUUCCUUGAGCCUUGUAUUGUGGUAUUGUAUAUAUAUUAAUCAAAAAGUCCCUUUGCAUUAUUUCAUUUAGUGACUUUAAAUUCGUAUAAUGGCUAG